UGACAUCCCCUCCUACAAACCAUAAGAAAAGUAACUGGGUAUUUUUCUUAUGCGCUGUUGCUUUGUGCGUUCAGUUCAGUGACCGUCCAAACUGUGAAUCUCAAGUUAAAGCCAUGGCCAAGGACAUGACUCUGCUGUGGGGGACCGGCUCUCCUCCCUGUUGGAGGGUGAUGAUCGCUCUGGAGGAGAAGAGCCUGCAGGGCUACAACCAAAAACUGCUGUCCUUCGAGAAAAUGGAGCACAAGUCCCAAGAAGUGUUAGAUAUAAACCCCAGGGGACAGCUUCCCACUUUCAAACAUGGAGACAACGUUCUCAAUGAAUCUUACGCAGCCUGUUUUUACCUGGAGAGCCAGUUUAAAUCCCAGGGAACCAAACUGAUCCCAGAUGGCCCAGCAGAACAAGCUCUGAUGUACCAGCGCAUGUUUGAGGGUCUCACAUUCUACGAGAAACUCAACGUGGUUAUCUACUACACCUUCAACUGGUUUGUCCCUGAAGGUGAGAGACAUGAAUCGGCUCUGAAGAGGAACAAAGAAGCUCUGGUCACUGAACUCAAACUCUGGGAGAGUUACCUGCAGAAGCUGGGCUCAGGCUCUUACCUGGCAGGACCAUCUUUCACGCUAGCAGACGUGGUCGUUUUUCCAACAGUUGGCACUCUCUUCAGGUUUGGGUUGUCUCCAGAGCGUUAUCCUAAACUGGGAGAGUACUACAAUCUGCUGAAGGAGAGACCCAGUGUCAAAGCCAGCUGGCCUCCUCAUUGGUUGGAGAACCCCAAGAGGCUAGAUACACUGAAAGACAUCUGAUAUUCAUCCAUAGAUGAUGCUGCAUAAUGACAGAGUGGCUCUUGUUUUUUUGCUUGCAGCUUUUGGUAACUCAUACGUAUUCCGUUUUUUCUGACAGCAGUUUAACUUCACCGCAGAAGUCAUGACUUUGCAUCUUUUUCUAUCCUGUCAAUAAAAAACCUUCCAAGAAACAAAAACAUUCAC